CGUGACGCCCGCCCGUGAGCCUCCACCUGGCGUCCCCCUACAGGCUUGCAGGUGGGCCACCCCACGUGCCAUCGAUCUUAUCCACACACCCGUGCUGGCCGCGCCACGUCCUGCCUUCCGCUGCCCGCGACCCGCCACGACCGAACCGUGCACCCCCGGCGCCAGCCCCACCCGCAUCCGUUCGCGGUCUACGGACCGGGUCUAGGGUCGCGAGGGCGCUCCGGCCCAAAGCGCAACACUGCGCUAUAACCGCUCGGCCUCAUACCUUCUUCUCGCUCGCUCAGCCGCUCAGAUCCCGAAAGCUUUGGGGGAAGGGAAGGGAGACUGUGCACCGGAUCGGCCUUCGGUGAUUACGACGGGAGAGGGAUGGGCCUCCUCGACAAGCUGUGGGACGACACCGUCGCGGGGCCCCGCCCGGACACCGGGCUCGGCCGCCUCCGCAAGCAGCCCGCGCGCCCCGCCGCCGUCAAGAUCAAUGAUCCGGCAGGGGACGCCACGGCGUUCGUCCCGCCGUCGCCGGCGUCGGGCAGCGAGGAGACGCCCGUGAAGGUGACGCGCAGCAUCAUGAUCAAGCGCCCCGCGGGGUACCCGUCGUCGCCGAGGAGCGCGGCCAGCACGCCGCCGGCCUCGCCGCUGGGGACCACCCCGCCCAUCUCGCCGUUCGCCGGCGCCGGUGGUCGCUUCAGAAGGAAAUCAUCAUCUGAUGCAUAUGAGAGGGCAUCCCCGCCAGGGACGACCAGCCACCCUCCUCCCUUUGAAGUGUGAGCACGCAACAUGUUCACACCCCUUUUUGCUCCUUGACAAGCAUCUACUUCACCUAAGUCAGGGGAAGGAGGAGGGAAGACAUCAAGAGGGGAACGGGGAUAAGUCGCUGGCUGUCUUACCUCUACUGUGAUAUAUUGUAGAUGCCGCUAUGUGUAGUGUUUUUGCAUCCACUCUGUGGCUUUAGUCUGUAGAAUAUGCUGAAAGCUCUUGGUGUUGUGCCGUGUCAAUAAGCUGCUGUGUGCAUAUGGCGGGUUAGGGCUGCGUGGAGCUUUGCCGCAGCCUGCAAUCUCGCCGCGUUGUGUUUGUUUCCUCUACCUGCUGUGUCAAAUGGAUGGUGUGUGGAGGAUGGGGUCGUGCUUGUAAUGUUAGCAGGGUUCGAGGUGGAGUGCAUGUAAUCCUUUUUCGAUGUGUAUGGUAUCUAAUAAACUGAAGGUGUUUUCUUGAA